ACUCAGAUAUCCAUUCCCUCAAAUUAAUUCAGAUGCAAUUUUUAAAAUUAUAUAUAAUAAUUCUAGAGUUAUAUAUAAUAAGAAAGAUUCAAAAGAACAAUGGUACUCUGGACAUUCAGUUUUUCGAGGAAGGGGAUUUGGGUUUGGAUUGGGUACUCUUUAUAUAAUAUAGAUUUUGAGUAUCAACUCAUCUAUCCAUCCUAUCAGUCAAUCGUUAGGCGUAUUCCAUCGAUUUACACUGUAUAAACAUUCUUUUCAUGGUUUGUGAGUUGUCCUUCAAAUCCGACAGCAGAGCGAAGGAUGAGAUGUACUUUAUUUUCUAAGUCAGAGAAGAAACAGGAGCAGAAAUUCUAUUUCAACCUCUUCAAUCUUUUUUCGUUUCUCUCGUAUAGAAAGAGUUUUCAAAGAAUGUUACAGGGAGCAUUGGCUCUUGCUGAGGGUGAGAGGUUUAAUUGAUACAGAGGAAGGGCUCUGAAUCAGGCCAUUAGUCCAAGAUCUUUGCAGUUGGGUCACAAUGAGUACCGACAAGAGCAGGGAAUUGGAGCUUCUUGUUUUGCAGUUUUUAUAUGAGGAGAACUUAGGUGACACAGCCCACAUGUUGGAACAAGAGUCCGGUUGCUUCUUCAACAUGAAGUAUUUUGGCGACCAAGUUCUUGCAGGAAAUUUGGAUGACGCUGACAGCUAUCUCUUGGGCUUUACUAGAAUUGAAGACAAUAAAUUUUCUAGGAAAAUUUUCUUUCAGCUCAGGAAACAUAAAUAUUUAGAAGCAUUGGACAGGAAAGACUUUUCCAAAGCUGUGGAAAUUCUUGUAAAGGAUCUCAAAGUCUUCGAAACUUUCAAUAAGGACAUUUACGAUGAGCUCACCCAAUUAAUAACUUUGGAGAACAUCAGGGAAAAUAAGGAGCUUUCUACAUAUGGGGGUGCAACAUCUGCGCGGAAAACUAUGUUUCAAGAGUUAAUAAAGCUUGUAGUAAAAAACCCUCAGCUAAACAAUAAGCUUGAAAUUCAAAAUGUUGAACCUUAUAGGUUGAGAUACCUCAUAAAUCAAAGCAAAAAUUGGCAGCAUCAACAUUGGAAAAACCAAAGAUCUAAUCUUGGAACUCAAAUUCCACAAGAAGUACUUUUGGUUCCCAUUGCUAUGCCUGCUCCACUUCAACAUGACGCUCCUCCCUCUAUUAGCAAUAGCUUAUCUCUUACAGUAUAUCCUAAUCCUCCCAUAUCACAUUCUGCAGCAGCUGCUGGAGCAGUCAAUUAUUUACCUGAAAACGAAGGUUUCUUGACAUGUUCUAGAAGGUCCCUGGCAAAUAGUACUGGAAUUAAUUAUCAAUGUGUGAAUUCUGAAAAUGCUAGGAAACGUUCCCGUAUUGUUACAGUUGAUGAGGUAUGA